AUGACAAAAGCUCUGGCAUUAUUCAUGCUCUUAGUGAGCACUUUCACUGUGUUUGCACAAGAGUUUGAAAUUAUUGAACAUAGUCAUCUUCAUCCCCCAGUAGCAGCUCCACCUCACUACCACCACCCCAAGCCUCCCUCUACUACUCCAUCCCCUCACCCCUCACAUCACCACCACCACCACCACCAUCACCACCACCCUUCUGCUCCAGCUCCAGCUCUUCUUGAGCCCCAGGCUCACAUUACAAACCACCCACAGAUUCACCCCCCACCUCACCACCACCCUCUUGCUCCUGUUGACACUCCAAACCACUUAUCUGCUAACCCUCCACAUCACCAUGGUGGCCACCACCAUCACCAUCACCAUCACCACCCUCCAACUCCCGCUUACGCUCCUUUUAAGCCCCCUACCCACCACCACCAUCACCCUCCUACACAUGCCCCUGUUCACCCUCCUGCUCACUCACCAGAACACUCCCUUCCCUAA